AACUCUUCUCAUUGUCAGUGUUAAAUAUUGUUUCCACUUGUUGUAGACUAAUAAUUAUGAUUUUGGAUCUGGGGAUCAUUAUUUUAUCAAUUAUCAUAACUCAGCCAAUUUCACCGGAACCACUUCUUCCAUAUAUGUGGACUGCGGAGUAGAUAAAUUUAAAAUACAGCGAUAUAGUUUUUUUCCAAAAACAGGGAAUAUUUGGUAAUGAAGAAUGUUGCAAGCCAUGAAGUUGUAUAAGUGUGACAAAUUUCAGGUCCAUAUCCAGGCAAUAAUAGACUUUGAGUAAAUCACGAUCACAAUGAGGGUUCAUUUUUACAAUUUGGAACACUUCGAAGAAAACUGAUGCUUGUGAUAUUUCCUAUCUGACUGAUUAAAAGAUUAUCACAAAAGAUGAACUGCUAUAAAAACGUGUUCAGGAUUUGAGCACUCGAUAGAAACAGUUGCCACGCCAAUAUGUCUCGAACGUCGCGGUUACUUGUUCUCGUGUCAUGCCUCGCGCUGACGACGUCUAAUUCGUUUGGAAAACGGCAGCAAGUGAGAUAUUUUCCUAAUGGAUUCCUGUUCGGAAGCUCAACUUCUUCUUAUCAAGUUGAAGGCGCUUGGGACGAAGAUGGUAAAUCGCCAAACGUUUGGGAUACUGCAACCCAUGCGCGGCCAUGUUGGAUUAGUGAAUGCCAUAAUGGAGAUGUCGCUACUGAUUCUUAUCAUUUAUACAAAAGAGACGUCGAAAUGAUGAGAGAACUUAACCUUGAUUUCUAUAGGUUUUCAAUAUCGUGGUCUAGAUUAUUACCAACAAGUUUCAAUGAUAAUAUAAAUGAAAAAGCUGUGGAAUUCUAUAGGAAUUUAAUUGAUGAAAUGCUUAUGUAUAACAUCGAACCCAUGGUUACAUUGUAUCACUGGGAUUUGCCCCAGAAACUGCAAGACAUGGGAGGUUGGACUAAUCCGCACAUUGUUGACUGGUUUGUGGACUAUGCGCGCAUUGUCUUCGACCAAUUCGGUGAUCAAGUAAAUUUCUGGAUUACUUUCAACGAACCUCGCGACAUUUGUCAUCAAGGUUACGGAGCUAGUACUUUGGCGCCUUUGCUUAAAAUAGCAGGCGUAGCAGAAUAUAUGUGCGCGAAAAAUUUAUUAUUAGCUCACGCCAAAACUUAUCACAUGUUCAAUAAGGAAUUCAGAUCUUCAAAAGAAGCAAUGGUUGGUAUCAGCAUAAGUGCUAAUUGGCUAGAACCUGAAUCACAGGAACAUGCUGAAGCUGCCGAGGAGUCAAGAGCUUUCGAGUAGGGCAUCUACAUUCACCCUAUCUUUUCGAAAACGGGAGAUUAUCCACCAGUGGUGAAGGAAAAAAUAGCGGCCAAGAGUAUUGCCCAAGGUUUUUCAAGAUCCAGAUUACCCGAAUUAUCUACAGAAGAAGUAGAACUCAUUAGAGGCACAUCGGACUUUUUUGGGCUGAAUCAUUACACUACUUACAUUUUGUACAGGAAUGAAUCUGUCUAUAGUAUGCACGAAGUUCCCUCAAUGUAUGAUGAUCAAGAAAUUGCAUUUUAUCAACCCGCUGAAUGGAAACCUAGUGUGGCUAAGUGGUUGAAGGACGUGCCAUGGGCUUUCUACAAACUCUUGACAUACAUCAAGGAAAACUACAAUAACCCUGCUGUCUACAUCACUGAGAAUGGUUUUGCUACCGCUGGAGGUCUAGAAGAUAACGACAGGGUCGAGUACUACUUAGGCCAUCUUGAUGCACUAUUAGAUGCUGUUGAAGAGGGAUCUGAUAUUAGAGGUUACACUGCAUGGUCUUUGAUGGACAACUUUGAAUGGACGGUGGGAUACACACAGAGAUUCGGCCUGUACGAAGUAGACUUCGAGAGUCCGGAACGCACACGCACCCCUCGUAAGUCAGCUUUUGUUAUAAAAGAGAUGGCGCGCACGCGCAAAUUGGAUCCCUUCUACGAGCCAGAUACCACGGUCAUGACUAUCGACGAAGGACAUUGAAGGCGAUUAUACCGUUUGGCAUUGUAAACUUUGUGAGCCGAUUACACUUUCAUAAAGUACGUGACAUAUGCGUUUAACGAUCUGUUCACAAUGUUUAAGUAAUAUUGUUUGA